AUGAGCAGUAGCACCGCUCCGCGCACUGCGUCAUGCCUUUCGUCGCUCCCUGGCCACACGAUCUACAUCAACAAUCCACAGAGACUCUCGGUACUUUCCAUUAACGUCGAUGCCACCACAUGCAUAACCACAUGCCGAGCUGAUGAUCCGGCACCUCAGUCACAAGGAGGACAUCAUCAGCAACCGCCGCAGUCGCAGCAGCAGCAGACAGGCCCUACCCUACAGCCUCCUCCGUCCCUCAACCAUCGACACGCCUCCACGUCCAAGCUGCAUCCGCCUCCACCACCUCCCUCAUCGUAUCAGAGCGCAUCGCAAAAGCUCUCGCGAUCUCGGCCGCUCAGUCACGACUUUGGACAAAGGACCAAAGAUGCUUUCAACGAGUUCGGCCGUCUGGCAACUCGCAGACAGAGUGCAAUAGAAAGAGCCAAUGGCGCAGACACUUUGGCUCGUGUUGCUGACGGACUCGAUGCCAAGCCAACAUCGCCGCACAGCCGUGUCGUAAAGCGGUCUUCUCUGCAACCUCUGUCUCUGCAAAAAGAGCAGCAGCACCAUCAGCGUGUCGGCCCAUCACCGUCCACAGUGCCACGCGAAUUGACACGACACCAUCAUGUCGCCUUUGAUAACACUAUCGUCAUCCAGGCAGAUGCGAGCUGCAAAUAUGCAUUGCUACCUCAUCGAGAUCUACGUCUCGCUUCGCAUUCCGUUCCGCUCACCAUCCACGCCUCCACCACAAGUUCCGAUGGUGCUUCGUCAGCACCUGGUCCUAUCGAAUUCGUUGCACCGCUCUCGACGCUCACCAGCAAUACCAGCAGCAGCAUCCCUUCCAGCACCACAUUCGAUCCCACACAGCUGCUGCUCAAGGUGCGACCACCGGCCGAGAUCGCACGCGAAUCAUGGUCACGCUCAGCAUCCUUCUUGACCGCUGAAAAUGCUACAAACUACAUCACUUCCGAAGACCACAAGAUCCACUUUCGCUUCCGACUUCGACUCGAUGCAUCCAGCACUACACCUGUAUCGCCAUCCUUCCCACGCAUGGAUCGAAGUGACGCAGCCGCCGCCAUCGCCGGACAAGCUCCUGCUAAGCUUCUCUUUGUGGCAGCUUCUUCCAUGGACAGACUGACCGACGCCAUCGAAUCGCCUCAGUCGUCCAUCGCAACUCCCGAGCUAGCAGCUCUAGAAGGCAUCUCUCGCGUCGAAGUGACGCCGUCCAAUCAACCUCUCUCGCCCACUGUCACAAGAGGCGCUAGCGACUGCGACUUUGACUGGACUUGGAAGUCGCUAGAGCGCGCCAACGGCGACGACGGAGCUCGAUGUUGUUGCGCUUUCGUCGACUUGAGCUUCGAUGGUAAGUCAGCCAUCCUCCUUGCCGCAAUGUCUGUCUAUGUUCAGCUGCCACCUUCCGCUCCCAGACACAGCAGCAUGCUCUCGUCGACAAUUGGAGGCGCUUCGACCCAGCGAGGCAUGUCUCACGCCGAUUCCCUCGCCAUCAUAGCUGCCCUCAACCUCGACACAGACCUUCUCUCGCCAUCUGAAACGUCGCCUCCUCUUGUGUCUUCUCGAGCCGGGCCGCAACUCUGCGAUAACCCAUCGGCGUCCGCACAACCAGAGGUCACUCCACUUUCGAUUGACCGCACCGAGCUUGCGCUCGAAGAUAUCGUCAAUGACUCGCCUAUAUUCCGUGCUGCCGUCGUCAACCUCGAGCGUCGAACCGCAUCGAUAAAGAAGGCUGCCAAAGCUGUUCUCAGAGCAGCGCAAGAAGCGAGAGCGCGCACUCUAAAGCUCAUCGAGGCCGAAGACGCUGUCGAUGUCGCCCUCGAUGGCCUCGUCAAUUUGGCACCCGAGACGCUUGGUCGCCUGCAAGAUCGAGUUCUGCGCAAGGCACGCACCGCGAGUCUGCAGCACCAGCGAGAUCAGGCAGACAUGAUUGAGAUCUGCCUCGAGCGUCCGCUGGCUAAGAUCGUUGAGCUCUGCCGCGUCAUCCAAGAAGGCUUCAAGGUCUUCGACAACGAGUCAAAGAUCUACUAUUCGUCGACUCAAAAGUGGCUCGCCAGCCGCUCACACGUCGAAGCAUCCCCUUCGCUCGCCGCUUCGCAUGAUCGUACGGAUGCAAAGCAAAAGCUGCGCGAACUUCGUUUUGAGCAAGCACGUCUCGACCUUUUUGCCCUGCUUCAGAGAUUGCAUGGCGGUCAAGCUGAGGCCCGUCUCACACAGUCGGUUUUGCAACUCUCACAGUGGCUUGUCGACCUUCCAGCAAAGCUUGAUUGGUCUAGCGAGCAACAGAAAUCCUGCCUGGCGGUCUUGGACGCAAGCUUGUCAAGCGCGCUCAAAACGUCAGACUCGCAGGUGCACGAGGUAGAGGCUUGCUCACGUCAGCUAGGAGAAAGAAUCAGACUGCUCGAACAUGCUCUCGGCAAAUCAGCCGACGGUGUUGCCGAUAACGUUGGCGCGCAUCGAAUCGAUCCCGACAACGAUUUGCACUCGGCAAACAACGUCAAUGGAGCGGUGUCGGCCAAGGCACGCAAGUUCAAGUCCUUCCUUGGCGCAUUCGCUGCGGGCAUCCAAAAUUCUCCGCUCACCUCGAGCAAAAACGCAGGUUUCGACUCAGAAUCUACAGCCAAGCGAGCCGAAUCCUUUGAGCCUAUCGUCGACGAGCAAUCACAAGUAGCACAACCUCGCCGACGCCAUUCCAUGAAGAUAAGGGUCACCAAGGGUCAACAUGCUGACUCAAGCAAGGCAAUGGCCGUCGGGCCCCACGCACCGUCUAGCUGGGCAUACGACCACUUGCCAUCCGCUCCACGCAGAGGAUCGGAAUUGCACGAAUCCAGCAGACUGAGAACAGGUGACGUGCUUGAUCUGCGCGGCCGGCAUGCCUCGCAGGACACGAACGAAUCGAUCUCUACGGCUUCAGGCGGCCACGAAGGCUCAGGCGCUCGCAAGCCAGAGCAGGGUCUGGGCAUCUUUGCACCCGCAGUCGAGAAUGACACGCAUGGACCUCACCGGAGCGUUCCACCGGAAUUCAAUGCAGCUCUUUCUGCCAUCAAUGCAACUCCAGGAAGCGACCGCAAGAAAGAAGGCGUGCUGUGGGUCUCCACCAAGCCCGUCACUGGUCCAGCUGGAGCCGAUGCACCCCGAGGCAUCAGUCGAUCAACACAUUGGCGCGAGUGCUGGGUCGUGCUUUCCGGCUCCGGUCAGGUCUCUGAGUUUGCCGAUUGGAAGACCGCCAAGGCGCUCGAACCUACCAAUCCGCUCAUCGAUCUGCGCUUUGCAACCGUCCGUGAAGCGCGCGGCGUCGACCGUCGGUUCGCCUUUGAGAUCGUUACGCGCGACAACAGACGCCUCUUCCAAGCUCCGGACGAGGAGACGAUGCGCGAUUGGAUGCGCGCCAUCUCGAAGGCCAUCGAGAGCUUGCUCAAUGGUACGUCCAGCGUGCGCAAGCUUGACCGAGCCGUUCGGGCUUCCCCAUUCGGCAACCAUGGAUCUGGUCAGCGUGCAGGCAUCUUGACCGAGGAUGAGGCAGAGCCAGGCACCGAAGAAGGCAACGACUUUGCCGUUCGAAAGCUCCUCGAUCGCACAACAAAGGGCUCCAGCCAAAGCAUGACUGACCUUUCUGCCUCUGCAAAGGCUCAGAACGGCGAUCGCAAGGACAGAGUCAAAGCAGGAGGACAUCUCGCAGCUCUCUCAGAAAGUCACGCCGAGACGUCCGCCUGGUCCUCGCGUAGAGGGUCGCAGCACCAACGGGGCAUCUCGAACAAGACACCCAUCUCGGGAUAUCUGGGACCGGGAGGACUCGGCUCGUCUGCGGCUGACACGCCAGCAUCCCAUCGCAGGGACGACACGGGAGUCAGCGAUGACGCCUCCGUCUCAUCUCGGUCCACUCAAGGCGAGCAAGACGCCGAGUUUGAUCGGCAGAUCGAAGCGAACAUCCACAAGAGCUAUGGAUCUCAAGAUGGCACGGGCAUCGGCCACUCUGGCUUCUCGCACAACGCUGGGGCGGCCGAAGUGGACGAGCUGGGCCAGCUCAAGGGAGGCGUUCAAGGCCAAGGCUCUGCGAGAGGCACAUCUUCGUCGACCUCUUCAUCGAAGCAUCGACUCGUCACGAACGCAAGCGUGUCAAGCACGGCGACCAGCACGAAAAUGUCGCGCUCUGCCGAGAUCGCAGACAUCUCGCGAGCACCAGAGAACCGUCGUUGUGCAGACUGCCAGGACAGUGACCCACGUUGGGCAUCGUGGAUGCUUGGCGGUGAGUCAUGCUGCAUCUUCAUCUGCAUCGGCUGCUCCGGAGUGCACCGGUCGUUGGGUGUUCAUAUCUCCAAGGUCAAGUCGGUCGAUCUGGACGACUGGACGGAAGAACAGCUGCAAGCCGCUCGAGACUGGGGCAAUGUUCGCGCCAACGCCGUGUGGGAACACUCCAAACCAGCUGGCUUGCUUCCUUUGCCGUCGGACCGAAAGGAGUUUUGGCGCCGCAAAUACGUCGAACAGGAAUGGAAGGACCCACGUCCAAAGUCUCUGCGAGCAGCAUACGCAGCUGCCCCACCUGACGACAGUACGGAGCAGCGUCUGACUGUCGACGACGUUGAUGCCACGCCCACCAGGCAAUCAGUCCGAGUCACCGACGCAUCACCUGUCGUCAGUUCGCCGAUCCGAAAGAGUCAAAGCCAUGCCAAGGAGCUCGGGCUUCGUAUAGCGCCCGUCGAUACGACGCCGGCAUCUGAUGCGGUCAAGGUGGCUGACGGACCCAUUUCUCCCAGGCCCCACGGACCGCGUCCGCUCCCUGAGCGACGGUCAGUGUCAAUGCAGGCAUCUCCGAUCUCGCCGCUCUCUCCACACUCCACCGAGCAGUCGUACGAGAUCGAUGGACGACUCAAGAGUCCACUGUCACCAAGUCAUCGUUGGAACGUCCGCCGUGAUGCGACCGCACUUCAUUCUAGUGCAGACGACAACAAAAGCGCAGACUUUGCAGCACCUGCAACUGCAACACAGCAACGACUGCUCGCCUCGAUGCCCACCUCCGCAUCGUUUCCUUACCUGUCGACUCAAGCAGCGGCGGAUGCGCACGUCAGCAAAGCGAUGCUAGCGGCUCGAGCUGAUCCGCGUCUGUUUCCCCCCUCCGUCUUGACCGCAGCGGCGACAGAGACAUCGGACCUGCACCUUGGCGAUGACGUGAAAUUGCGAGUCGCCACUUCACCUCCGUCGCUCUUCGUUUCGAACCUCGGCGGCCGAACGCCCUCGCCCAUGUUUUCCGAUGGACCUAUGCGGAGGAGAGACCAGGAGUGGGAUACAGCGUCCGAGACGGGAUCAAACCAAUUGGAAGAGGACGCAAGACGGUAUGUGGAGUACUCGCCUAGAAGCGGCGAUCCCCCAGCGAGGUUUGAGGCGUUUGCGUCGCAUUGA